CAGAAAAUACCAGAUUCCUCUUAAGCUUCUUAUAAAUACCCAACUCUUCCACUGAUUAGCAUCAAGAAAGCAUCACCAAAUAUUCACUAUUAGCUAUAAUCUUUCGUGUUCAAGUUGUCUUUGUUUCGUGCUUUUAAGAGAAAUGGCGAUGAUUCCGAGUUUGUUCGGCAACCGAAGGAGCAGCAUCUUCGAUCCAUUCUCGUUUGAUGUUUGGGAUCCAAUCAAGGAAUUUCCUUCACAUUCUUCACUCACCAGCAGCCAAACCUCCGAUGCCUCUGCAUUCGUCAACGCCCGAAUCGAUUGGAAGGAGACUCCAGAAGCUCACGUCUUCAAGGCUGAUCUCCCUGGGCUUAAGAAAGAACAAGUGAAAGUGGAGAUUGAAGAAGACGGUGUACUUCAAAUCAGCGGAGAGAGGAAUGUUGAGAAGGAAGACAAGACUGAUACUUGGCACCGGGUCGAACGUAGCAGUGGGAAAUUCAAGAGGAGAUUCAGGCUGCCUGAGAACGUGAAAAUGGAUCAAGUUAAAGCUUCCAUGGAAAAUGGGGUUCUUACGGUUACUGUUCCCAAGGUGGAAGUGAAGAAGCCUGACGUCAAAACCAUUGAAAUUUCUGGUUAAGUACUCUCUGUCCUGAGGCUACUAUAACAAAGGACUCUUUCUUUUCAUGAAUUUUGUUUAUGAUGUAUGUGUAUAAUUUCAGUCAAAAUAUAUUCCCCAAGCAUUUUAUUUCA